AUGACUACCAACAACAAGAUUUUCUUAUCUGAGUUCCAGAUGGUCAAGAAUCCUUGUCACAUAGAGAGACGUUUCAAUCCCACGUAUAGAAAAGAAGGGGACCUAAUCAUUGCUGGAUUCCUCUCCCUUUUUGUGAAGGUAGAGAUUCAAGUGAACAAAUUUUUCUUCAAAAUAUUUCCCUUCAACAGUUAUGCACGACAAAUGUCAAUGUUCAAACAAUAUCACUAUUUCCUUGCUCUUCAAUAUGCUGUUGAUGAGAUCAACAAGAACCCCUAUUUGCUGCCCAACACAACCUUGGGAUAUCAGUUACUCAAUAACUUCCAUCUGGAGAAACUAGCUGUGGAGAGUUCCUUAAUAUGGCUAUCAGGGAGAGGUCCCAUAAUCCCCAAUUAUAGCUGUGAUAAACAGUCCAGUCUGGUGGCUGUCAUUGGAGGGAUGUCAACUACACUUUCCAUGGCCAUGGCCACCAUUCUCCAACUGUAUAAAGUUCCACAGCUCCACCACUUUCUGAAAUCCAUCAAUUCUGUCAAUAAAGUCAGUGACGAGCCAUGUGAGGAUGGAGCCCAGCCAGCUGCUGAGACAUAUGAUAUACUGAAUUAUAAAUACUUCCCUGGCCAGAUAGAGACCCUGGUCAAAGUGGGUGAAGUGUAUCCCCUUGCCCAGAGAGUCACCAUUAAGGAUGAAGACAUAGAUUGGCCAGAAGAUUUCCAUCAGACUCCAACUUCUAGGUGCAAUCUGAAGUGUGGCCCUGGAUUCCAAAAGACAGCUCUUGAAAGCAAGCCCACGUGUUGCUAUGCUUGUUCCCCGUGUCCUGAAGGGACAAUUUCCAACCAGACAGAUGCAGAGCAGUGCCUGCAGUGCCCUGAAGAUCAAUAUCCUAAUAGGGAAAGAGAUCAUUGCCUCCCCAGGACUGUGACCUUCCUGGCCUAUGAGGAACCUCUGGGAAUGACUCUGGCCUGUGCAGCCAUCUCCUUCUCCCUCCUUACUGUGCUGGUCCUGGGAGUCUUUGUGAAGCACAGGAAUACCCCCAUAGUCAAAGCCAAUAACCGCAGUCUCAGCUACACUCUGCUGGUCUCCCUCGGCCUCUGCUUCCUCUGCUCCUUGCUCUUCAUCGGCCAUCCUACCACAGCCACCUGCCUGCUGCGCCAAACCACAUUCGCAGUUGUCUUCACAGUGGCCGUUUCCUCCAUUUUGGCUAAAACUAUCACUGUGGUUCUGGCCUUCAAGGCCACCAAACCAGGGAGCAAGCUCCGCAGGUGGCUGGGAUCCACAGCAUCUUACUCUCUCAUUUUCACCUGCACCCUCAUCCAAAUGUGUCUCUGUGGCAUCUGGCUUGGGACAUACCCCCCCUUCCUAGAGAUGGACAUCCACUCUGAACCUGGCUCCAUUAUCAUCCAGUGCAAUGAGGGCACUCUCCUCAUCUUCUACUGUGUCUUAGGCUACAUGGCCUUGCUGGCCUUGGCGAGCUUCACCAUGGCUUUCCUGGCCAGGAACCUGCCGGACACUUUCAAUGAAGCCAAGUUCCUGACCUUCAGCAUGCUUGUGUUCUGCAGCAUCUGGAUCUCCUUCCUGCCCUCGUACCAGAGCUCCAAGGGCAAGGCCAUCGUGGCCUUGGAAGUCUUUGCCAUCUUGACCUCCAGUGCCGGGAUUCUCACUUGCAUCUUUGCUCCCAAGUGCUUUGUGAUCCUUCUAAAAUCAGAACCAAGGUUGAAUGUAAAGAAGUCUGAGCCCUCCAGAAUUAACACUUUGGAAUUUUGGGUCCGGAAAAGACUUUUGACAGUCCCUGGGACAAUUUUCUUAUCUGAGUACCAGAUGGUCAAGAAUCCUUGUCACAUAGAAAGACGUUUCAAUCCCAUGUAUAGAAAAGAAGGAGAUCUAAUCAUUGCUGGAUUCCUCUCCCUUUUUGUGAAGGUAGAGAUUCAAGCGAACCAAUUUUUCUUCAGAACGUGUCCCUUCGACAGUUAUGCACAACCAACGGCAAUGUUCAAACAAUAUCACAAUUUCCUUGCUCUUCAGUAUGCUGUUGAUGAGAUCAACAAGAACCCCUAUUUGUUGCCCAACAUAACUUUGGGAUAUCAGUUACUCAAUAACUUCCAUCUGGAGAAACUAGCUGUGGAGAGCUCCUUAAUAUGGCUAUCAGGGAGAGGUCCCAUUAUCCCCAAUUAUAGCUGUGACAAACAGUCCAAUUCUGUGGCUGUCAUUGGAGGGACGUCAGCUACACUUUCCAUGGCCAUGGCCACCAUUCUCGAACUGUAUAAAGUUCCACAGAUGGCCUUCAGACAGGAGCUGGACUCAGUGAAAGAAAUGCAGGAGGCCAGGCCAGCCAACAUGAGAUGGAGUUGA